CAGAUUUCUCUAGAAAUCACAAAACACGUCAACCAGUCGACCUCCUCGUGGGAACCCCGCAGCGUGUAACUUACCUUAGAUUUAAACCAAUAAGUGUCUUGUAACUUUGUGACAAUGAGUGAUAAUCAGUGGGAGCCUGUUAUCAUUAAGAAGAGGUUACCAAAAGGAGCCUCAGCUACAUCCGAUAAAGUGGUAAAUGCGGCCAGGCGACAAGGACUUGAAGUAGAAACGGUCACCAAAUAUGGGGCAGCUACAAACAAGCACACUGGGACAACACUCAACACAGCAAAGCUUGAUCAAGAAAGUGAAGAAUUGAAACAUGCUUCACUUUCUAUGGAUGUAGCUAAGUUGAUUCAGAAGGGCCGCCAAGACAAGGGCUUCACUCAAAAAGACCUUGCAACAAAAAUCAACGAAAAACCUCAGAUUAUAACAGAUUAUGAAGCAGGACGUGGAAUCCCUAACCAACAGAUCCUUGGGAAAAUUGAGAGAGCUAUUGGCAUCAAACUUCGUGGAAAAGACAAGGGGCAACCGUUAGAGCCUCCAGUUGCUAAGGCAGCUGCUCCUGCAAAAACAUCUAAAAAAUAGAUGCUGUUUCCCUGUACCAACAUUUAAUAGUAUUUUUUAUUUUUUUUUCGUUUCUUUUCUGCUUUUUGUUUGAAAUAUGAUGUGUUUUUUUUUUAAGAAUGGAGGGUUCCUCAUGUGGAUAAUUUUUGGGGAAAAUAAGUAGAUCCUUAAGAGCAGUUUCUGAUUCUGCACUGCAGUCAUACAUCUUACAGACCAUAACAUUAUGAUUGGAUCACAUUUCUUUGACCCCAUAAUCAAUGGUUUAAAAUAAUACACAUCAGUUAUUUGCAUAAAA